CGCUGGAUUACAACAGCCUACUGCACCCAAAUGAGCCGACUUUCACACACACGGACAGCACUGAAACUAGAAAUAAGGCGAGGUGUCAUAGAACAGGUGCAGCAUGCGGUGGACAUUGGUACUGGUGUGUUUGGGUCUACUGAUGUUCUCAGACUCCACUGAGGCUCAAGGCAAACGCAGGAAGAAGGAGAAGGAGAGAGCACAGAACCUCAUCAUCAGAGAGAAUGGAAAAACACUGGUGUGUCCAGUGGAGCUGGCGUUCCUGGUGGACAGCUCGGAGAAGGCCAAACUGCAGCUGUUUGAGCGUCAGCGGGACUUCGUGCUGCGGUUCAGCACGCGCCUGACGCAGCUGCAGGUGUCCGGCUGGCGUGUUCGUGUCCGGCUCGCGCUGCUCCAGUACAGCAGCUCCGUGUCCGUGGAGCACAACUUCCGCGACUGGCAGGACCUGGACGUGUUCCAGAGCCGCGUGGCCGGCAUGGCCCACAUCGGGCACGGCACCUACUCUGCCUACGCGCUGUCCAACGCCACGCAGAUGUUCGAGCGAGAGACGGCCAGCGGUAGCCUCCGGGUGGCGCUGUUGAUGACCGACGGCGUGGACCACCCGCGCAGCCCGAGCGCGGUCUCGGCCGCCGCCGACGCCAAGAACCGCAACAUCCGUGUGUUCGCCAUCGGCCUAUCAGGGCAGGCCAAGGACAUGAUUGGCAGCACCAGGCUCCGGUCCAUCGCCACGGCGCCAGCACAGCUGCACGUGUUUAGCCUCACUGACCCACAGCUGGACGACAAACUCUACAGAGAACUGAGUUCCUUUAUUAACAGCGGAUGUCCACAGCCACAGUCCUGCCAGUGUGAAAAAGGGGAGAGAGGACCUCCAGGAAACCCUGGUAAGCCAGGUGACCCAGGCUUUGAUGGAGCUCCAGGGCCUAAAGGAUCCAGAGGGGAAGCAGGAAUCAACGGUCGUCCAGGCAUGGAUGGCCUCGAGGGGAGGUCUGGCUCAAGAGGAGAGAAGGGAGAAAGAGGAGAGUGUGGCGCCCCUGGGGUGAAGGGAGAUCAAGGAGCUGAUGGACCUCCAGGGCCAAGAGGACCUAAGGGAGACCAGGGUCCCAGUGGCGGGCCAGGUGACAUCGGACCAGAGGGGCCACCUGGCGCCAAGGGAGAGCGGGGACCCAGUGGAGUGGCCGGCCCACCAGGAGACCCUGGCAUCGGCUUCCCUGGACCCAAGGGAGACAAAGGCAACCAAGGCAGACCAGGACCCACUGGCCCAAUUGGAGUGGGAGAACCGGGCCUGCCGGGACCCACUGGACCUCCUGGACUACAAGGAAACCAGGGGUUCCCUGGAGAGGGCCUUCCAGGCCCCAAGGGUGAUCGAGGCUAUGAGGGACAGAAAGGCUCACGCGGCCCCCCAGGGCUUGGAGCCAAAGGCGACAAGGGUGACUUUGGGGAGCCCGGUCUUCCUGGUUUGGUGGGGUUCCCGGGAGUAGGGAUUCAAGGGGAGAAGGGGGACCAUGGGCCAGUUGGUCCUCCGGGCCCCAGGGGUUCUCCUGGCGUGGGCAUCGUCGGUCCUAAGGGUGACCAAGGCUUUCCUGGAGAACAUGGACCGCAGGGAGAGAGAGGGGUGGGGGAACCAGGGCCGAAGGGGGAGCCGGGGCCUCCAGGCACCGCAGGGAUCCCUGGGUUUCCAGGAGAGGACGGAGCCGUGGGACCCAAGGGGGAGAUGGGGGCACCCGGGUCCCGUGGUUCAGAGGGAGCACCUGGGAAAGGGCUACCUGGAGAAAAGGGUGAUCGUGGUGACAGGGGCUCCCGAGGCCUUCCAGGAACCCUAGGUUCAACUGGCCCCGCAGGAGCCAAGGGGGAGCCAGGCUCCAUGGGCAUGACUGGCGUUCCAGGACCACCUGGGAGAGGCUUACCUGGACCUAAGGGAGACACAGGUCCAGCAGGUGCCCCCGGGCCUGUAGGAGAGCAGGGAGUGGGGAUCCCAGGACCAAAGGGUGACAGAGGAACUCCUGGACCAAUGGGAUCACCUGGACUAAAGGGAGAGGGAUAUCCAGGGCCUCAGGGCCCCCCAGGUCUGCCUGGCCAGCCAGGAGAGAUGGGACCAGAGGGGAAGGGAGUCCCCGGGCCAAAGGGUGACCGAGGAUCGCACGGCUCUCCUGGCCCCUCUGGGCCUCCUGGGAUCGGUCUGAUGGGAGAAAAGGGGACAGUAGGCCAGCCAGGGCCUUCAGGUGAGCCAGGACUACCAGGAGAGGGUAUUCAGGGGCCCAAGGGUGAACCAGGGUUUCAGGGCCAACCAGGACCACGGGGACCCCCAGGAGAUGGACACCCCGGAGAGAAGGGCGACAGAGGUAACCCAGGUGAGCGUGGGAGGAAAGGAGAACGAGGGGAAUUCGGACAGCCGGGACAAACAGGACCAGUGGGAUUACCAGGAGAGAAAGGCGAGGCUGGAUUAUCAAGAGAGGAGGUGAUCCGGAUCAUACGGGAAAUAUGUGGCUGCGGUAUCCGUUGCCGUGACAGCCCACUGGAGCUGGUGUUUGUGAUUGACAGCUCGGAGAGCGUGGGCCCCGAGAACUUCGAGGUGGUGAAGGACUUUGUGAACGCGCUGAUCGACCGUGCGGCGGUGAGCCGCGAGGCGACGCGCGUCGGCGUGGUGCUGUACAGCCACGUGGACCUCGUCGUGGUCAGCCUGCAGCAGAACCUGGGCCGCCAGGAUGACGUGAAGGCGGCCGUCAGGAAGAUGCCCUACCUUGGCGAGGGCACGUUCACGGGCAGCGCCCUCCGUACUGCCACCGAGCUCUUCCAGGUGGCGCGGCCGAACGUGCGCAAGGUGGUGCUGGUGCUGACCGACGGCCAGGCCGAUCGCCGUGACGACGUGAAGCUGGAGGACGCUGCGGCCCAGGCACACGCUGCCGGCGUGGAGGUGUUCGUCAUCGGCGUGGUGAGGAAGAAUGACCCACUCUACGCCGACUUCGCCAGCGAGAUGAACACCAUGGCCUCUGACCCCGACCACGAACAUGUCUACCUCAUCGACAACUUCAUGACCCUCCCCACUUUGGAGAGUAAGCUUCUGAGCCGGAUCUGCGAGCACGAUGACGGCUCUCUCUUCAGACCCAUCCCGAACUUCGUAUUCCCCAACGGCCACAGCCCCUCACCAGGCAAAACGGACAAACCCACCUACGACAGUGACCCCUAUCGUCCUGACAAUGACCUCUACAGACCUGGCAAUGUCCCCUAUCGUCCCGACAAUGACUUAUAUCGACCCGACCCCUACAGACCCGAAAGUGAGGUGUACCGCCCUGACAAGCAGCCAAUCGUGCCUCCAGUGGAGCCAGAGCGUCCUCCGUUCCCUGACCGCGCACUGCCAUUCCCCGACGACGCCGACGGCAACUCCCUAGAUGAGAACGAGAUCGAGAUCGGCCACUCCACCUCCCUGUAUGAGGAGCCGUUCGACCCGCUGCCCGACUUCACCGUGGAGUCGCCUGGGGUCAGGGUCAUGUCCGAGGUCAUCGCCAUGGUGGUUCCCCAGACGCCCACAAACUGGCACUCAAACCUGGCAACCCCCCCUGGGCCCACCCAGCCCCCUCCACCCCCUCCAGCUGAUGGGUUUGUGCAGGAGGUCGGCUGUGGUCAGGAUCUGGACCCCGGGCCGUGCCGGCAGUACGAGGUCAGGUGGUACUACGACCCGGAAGCAAACUCCUGUGCCCAGUUCUGGUAUGGCGGUUGCCAGGGCAACAGGAACCGCUUCGAGUCCGAGGAUCUCUGCAAGAAGGCCUGUGUGAAGACGUAACGGACGUCUCCGAUGGCGACUGAUGAUGCGAGACACUCCCUGGGGGGAGGAGGGCAUUAGUCUUCACCCAGCCCUUUGGCAAGAGACUCUGGGCCAAGCACAGAGACCACCGCUGACUAACCCUCCAAUGGCCUCAGUAAUCUCUUAGAUCCACUUAACCUACGGGCCUAUAUGCCCACUAACCUACUCUUCUCACAUUAGGAGACAGACACGGCAUUACCUCCCAAUCUCACACACAUACCAGCUGAGUAGUACUUGCAGUAGCACCAAACACAAGCGCUGUGUCCUUUCUUCAGUUGACCUUAGAGGACAUACAAGCCUUCAGCGCAGUAGGCUGCGCAGUGCUACACGUUAUCACCAAAUCAAUAUAAUGAUGCUGCGCACUGCUACACGUUAUCGUCAAAUCAAUAUAAUUCUGCUGUGCACUGCUACACGUUAGCACCAAAUCAAUAUAAUGAUGCUGUGCACUGCUACACGUCAUCACCAAAUCAAUAUAAUGAUGCUGCGCACUGCUACACGGUAUCACCAAAUCAAUAUAAUGAUGCUGCGCACUGCUACACGUUAUCACCAAAUCAAUAUAAUUCUGCUGUUCUGUGUGAAGCUGUAAAUACUAAGACAAACGUAGCCUGUUGUAUAGAUUUCUAGAUGUUCAGGCUCCUCCACGUAGCCUGUUGUAUAGAUUUCUAGAUGUUCAGGCGCCCCCACGUAGCCUGUUGUAUAGAUUUCUAGAUGUUCAGGCUCCUCCACGUAGCUUGUUGUAUAGAUUUCUAGAUGUUCAGGUACCACCACGUAGCCUGUUGUAUAGAGUUCUAGAUGUUCAGGCGCCCCCACUAGCCUGUUGUAGAGUUCUAGAUGUUCCGGCGCACUCCCGUGGGGAACCUUGUUUUACUAAAGACGCCUUAAGAGCUUUGAAACACUGUGAAGUGAUCAGGGACUGAGCGCUCAGCAGUCCUUGUGUGUAAAUGUAGUGACAUAAAGAACAACCAUAGAUGUGACACAGCUGGUUAUACUAUAGAUAUAUAUGUACACACUCACCAUAUAUAUUUUGUAGUCACAGUCUGACAUAUUAACUGUUUAACAUUAAUAACUGCUGGUACCACCUGACAAUUUGUAUUUUACGUGUCUAAACUUGUAAAAGUUUCAAGUGUUUUAUGUGCAAACUAAAUUUAUAAUAACUGUUUGAAAUAAAAGUUAUAUCUUUUAAUACAUCCUCACACUGUUGGUUUCGCCUGUCAGGGUGU